AUGGUCUCUGCCAAGUCAGUCGCUUUGUUCGGCAGCAUGCUGCUGGGCAACGUCAUGGGCGCCGACAACAUGGGCCCGGCCGCUUUCCUCUGGCCCCCAGACCGUGAGUGGUCUGCCGACGCCGACAACACGGCCCCUUGCGGAUCCACCAACGGCCCCGGUGUCCGCACCGAGUUCCCUCUCGUGAACGGCAAGCUUGCCCUUGUGACCCAGGACAUUACCCGCUCCGUCCACCUCAGUGUCUCCUACGAGAACGACCCCAAGUCCGUCUCCGACUUCGAGACCUUCCUCGGCCCCAGCGAGGUCGGCAGCCUCGACCUCGGCCACACCUGCGUGACGGUCCCCAGCGCGCCCUCAGGAACCGCCGCCGGUUCCAACGCGACCUACCGCAUGCUCUACGUCUCCAACUUUGACCAGGACGAGUCCAAGCGCGAAACCUACUACGCCUGCGCCGACGUCACCUUCGUCGAGGUUUUUGCCGCCUCCAUCCCCUGCUUCAACGCCACCGUCAGCGACCCCGACGUCGACGUCGACACCACCGUCAACGUCACCACCACCGACUCGGGCGGCAACACCCCGCACACCGCUGCCGACUUCACCGCCACCGGCGAAUCCAAGAGCUCCGGUCUCUCCAAGGGCGCCAUCGCUGGUGCCGCUGUCGGUUCCAUUGCCGGUGUCUCUCUGCUCGCCCUUGCUGGAUUCUUCUUCUGGCGCAAGAAGGCUGCCAAGAAGGAGGCUGUUACUGAGCCCAUGCAGCAGCGCUGGGAUGCCGAGAAGGCUGUCAGUGACACUUCUUCCGUCAACAGCCGUCCCCAGCACUAA